CUAUGAUUUUAUGUACCCAGGUACCUAGGUACCUUUCCAAGCUCUAAAUUGACCGGCUGGAUUCCUUCUGGUCAAACAAAGACAAAAAAGUCGUGCAGCAUCACGCUCUGCAAGCGCGCCGAGCAGCUCCCAACCUCCCUCCCACCCAGAGAGACGACGGCUAUCUCCAUCAAAGGAAAAACAGACCAACAUCAAACCAAAUCAAAAACAGCAGCAUCAGCAGCAGCAGCAUUAUCACCCGAACCACCCCUAUUUUUCUAAUGCCCUCUUAACUAUCGAGGCAGCAUGCCGAAGAUAAAGAGCUAUGCGCCCAGCUGGCUGAAAGAGCCUGAGCCAGGCCACAAGCUGUUUGCUCAGUCGGAUGACGACGAAGUAAAGCUUCCGCCAUCCCAGUUUCGCAUCUCGAACAAGGCAAAACCAGGGCCCCGGAGGACGAUAGCUCGGCGGGGCACCGAAGUAUUCGUUGCGGCCGGGAAGCAGAUACGAUGGGGCAACCUCGCCCACCUCAAGAGAGCGUGGGACUUGAAACAACCUAGAGCUGGGUUUGGCAGCCGUAGCAAGCUAGACGAUUUAAGUGACUCGUUCGAGAUCUAUGAUGAAGAGCCGGAGAGCAGAGUACACAAUUGGGUGCCGGCUGAGGGCUAUCGGGUGAUCAAGACACCGGUCGCCGAUGAGAUCCGCCAACUCGUCAUAUCCCCGCAAGAAGACUAUCUAGCCGUCCUGACGUCUCAUACCGUGCAUAUCUGCGUCCUCCCUGACUCGUCGCAUCUCACAGCCACGGAUACUACCCCCUUCAAGCCCAAGUUCUGGACUCUUGGGCCGACAACCCAUGUCACCUCGAAAGCCGCCGUGGCGUCGGCGCUGUGGCACCCUCUUGGAGUCGGCGGAUCAGCCAUCGUCACCGUGACCGAGGAUGCUGUGGUGCGAGUGUGGGAGCUGUCAACGUCAGACCGCUGGUCCUUCGAUUCCCCAGCCCUCGCGAUCGACCUGAAGAAGCUGGCAGACGGCACAUCUCUGGAUCAGGAUUUCAGUGCAUCCACAUCAGCGACCAACGCCGGCUUCUCACCCGAUUCGUUCGACAUGGAAGUUGCUUCGGCGUGUUUUGGCGACCGUCGAUCCGGCGGCUGGUCCUCGAUGACUCUAUGGGUGGCGAUGAGGGGUGGCGAUGUGUAUGCUCUGUGCCCCCUCCUACCCCAGAAGUGGGCUCCUCCGCCCACAUUGGUCCCGUCUCUGUCUGUAUCGAUCGUGGCAAAGUUGGCCGCAACCGAAGGCGACAGCAGUGUUUCGUCGGAGGCCAAGCUUUUGGCACAGCAGCAGCUGGACUGGAUGGCCGAUCUGGACAGCCAAGAACCGAAGCUUGUGGACGGCCCCAUUGGUGAACCUCCUUUGGAGAUUUAUACGCGGCCAUUACGCCCCGGCACCGUUCCAAAGCUACAAGGCCCGUUCUACUUGGAUCUAGGUCCCGAUGCCGAGCAUGAUGACGAUGUCGAGUUAACUGACAUCCUUGUCAUUGGCGAGAAAAUGAGUACGGCCGAGCUCAUGAACGGCGAAGAUGAGGAAUUGGACGUGGACGAGGUUGAUCGGGAAGGCCUGUCAUUGUCAGUGGUCUGUCUGCUAUCAACGAGCGGCCGGGUUAAGAUAUGCCUUGACGUCGAUGGUGUCGAGGCUCAGUGGCUACCACCUCGCAAAGCCCCGCGACCAAGGGGAUUCACUCUAGAAACUGAGCCGCCGUCUCUGCUCACGUUCCAGACGUUGGACACUCUCAAGCCAUCUGAGAGCACCGAUGACAAUUGGCCCAUGUUCAGCGAGGAUGCCACUUCCCGGUAUUCCUUCUUCGUCACUCAAACAUGCGGCAUCACAUACAUCUCCCUAGCACCUUGGGUCUUCCGCCUGGAGGGCGAACUACAGUCGGAAUCGGAAGCCGGAUCCAAGUUCCGGAUUGACCUGCUUGUCAAAGGAAAUGGAUGCGUCAGGGAGAGGGUAUACACACAACGGAAUGACUUGGGCCCUCUGUCCGCGUGCACUGCUAUUCGCGACCCGGACCUUGGGUAUUUCGUCCUCUCAGCUACUCACCGGGACCCGGUGGCGCUCUUUUUCGAGAUCCCCGAGGACGAAUUUACCCCACUGGCACGCCAAGGAUCGCCAUCGCCCAUUGACGAGCCGGUAGGAGACCGUCAGCCCUUGACUCUUUGGGAACCAAGGCCCUUCUUCCACGCAUCCGACAUCCUCAGCAGGGACUCGACCGUGCCCCGAUACCUGGAUCACCUCAAGACUGGCAAACGGAGACCCCUCCUGCACCAAGAAGUUCGCCUCUCGGUCGCCUCCCUGGAAGUCUUUACGGAAUGCCAUCGUGUCGUCAGCGCUGACAUCGACCCCCUCAACUCGGCGGUCGCUGAGCUCUUCCGGAAAUGCGAGGCGCUCCAUGCAGAGCUGAGAGAGCAGGUGUCCAAGACCAACGAGGUGAGGCGCCGAGUCGAGGGGAUAACGGGAGAGGAUGGAGACGAAGACGAGCCCAUGUCCGACAACAUGCUUGUCAAGGCCCGCCUGAAGCAGGCCAAGGAGAGACAGGGGAGUCUAAACAGGAGAAUGGAUGAGCUCAAGAGAAAGUUGGGGCGGGCAACUAGCCGCGAGCUUAGCGACAAGGAGGUGGCCUGGAUGGAAGAAGUACGGGCCAUGGAAGGGGCCGUCCUGGGCGGUACUGAGGCUGAUGGAUCGACGCAAACGACGUCAUCAUCAUCCAAGGCCGGGCAGUCGUUGAAGCGAUUCGAAGAGGUGAGGAGGCUAAAGGAUGGGCUGCUGUCUCAGGUCGAACAGCUGCAGAAGAGGCUCGGCGAGGGCCAAAAGGAGGAGAGCCCUGCCCCAGCAUCGCCCUACAGGAUCCCUACGGAUAUCAAGAGGGCAAAGUACGCCCAAGUAAAGCAACUAUUAGACAGGGAGGAGGCGCUUGUCGAGGCGAUCAAAUCGAGGGUGGAUAGGCUGACCCUUGGAUAAGCUGUAUGAUGUUUGUUGGUAUGUCAAGGAAAGCAGGAAAACAAGCAUGCAAAUUCCAGUUAAUUGUUAAUUGUGUCGAGAAGACACCAGUCUCGGGAUGGGGGCGCCAGACUCUUGUUGUUUGGCCUGUGUCAUUCCGCAUCAGAAGGCCGGUCUCCGGAUGCGCCACCACUGCAGCCCUACUCAACGAGUGGUUUUAAAGUCUCCAGCGACCACCGCCAACCCUGUUUGGUCUUUUCCCAUUCCUUCUUUCGCUUUGCUCCCUCCUUUUUCCUUUCCCGGAUGAAGCCCUCGCAUUGAAGCGUUCUCACUGGAAGCGUUCGGACCCUCUUGGAAGAGCGGUCAGGCG